UCUUCAGUGUAAAGUAAAACUUCAAAUAAAAAAAUUACAAUUGCAGAAACCCUAUAAAUAUAUAACACAACUCUCCAUCCUCAUUAUCCAAACAAAUUUCGGCUCUUCAUCAAUUUUCCAUAGACCUGCCAUGGCUAAUUUCGCACAAGAAUUUCAGAGCUUCAGACCCUCAAUUUUUUCCCCAGAUACUGAUCCAAACAUGGAACAAAUGAACCAGUUCAGUCUCCUGGACAGUUCAAACUCGAAUUGUCAAAGCUUCAUGCCUUUCUUCAAUGACAACUUCUUUAAUCAUCCCACUCUACUCGACUUCCCUGGAAGUUUGGCUGAAACUUUUCCAGGUUUUUUCCCACAAAGCAAUCAGAGUCUUGUGCCUGCAGUUGCUCAGUCUACAGUCACAUCUGAAAACGAAAUUCGAGAGGCCAAGAAGGGAAAAGCCGUUGAUAUAUCAGAAAGCAGCUGUGAAAACUCUUCUCCUUUGGCUUCUGAAACUGGGAUCAAGAGGAAAAAUACUUCAGGGAAAAGAAAGAGAGCAAAAAACAAUGAGAAGGAAGAGGAGAAACCAAGGGAGGUUGUUCACGUGAGAGCUAGAAGAGGACAAGCUACUGAUCGCCACAGCUUAGCAGAAAGAGUCAGAAGAGGGAAAAUCAAUGAGAGACUAAGAUGUUUACAAGAUAUUGUUCCAGGAUGCUACAAGACAAUGGGCAUGGCAGUAAUGCUGGAUGAGAUAAUUAAUUAUGUUCAGUCCUUGCAGAAUCAAGUUGAGUUUCUCUCCAUGAAGCUCACUGCAGCAAGCACCUUUUAUGACUUCAAUUCAGAGUCAGACGCCAUAGAAAAAAUGCAGAGGGCAAACGCAAAUGAGGCAAAAGAUGAGUUGGAGAGAUUGAUGAGAGAAGGAUAUGGGGGAAUUGGUUGCUCCCAGAUAGGAAGACCGUUCUGAUGGACUUCAACUUUUUAUCUGUCAUACAACACUUGAAGAUGAAGGUGCUCGAUCUAAUAUUUCCUAAAUUUUUUUCCAUUUUCAAGAAAACUUGUCCCCACUUCAUGUUAUACAUAGCUAGUUGUUCUGGACUUCCUGUAUACUUGUAAUUGCCACUCACACAUGUGGGGGAAUUCAGUCAGUAUGAAUUGUUUGAAGAGAAGAAGAAGAAGAAAAAAAUAGAAAAUCUUAUCCAUUCAUUAUCCA